AUGGCAACAUCCCACGUGAUUCCUCCCGAGUUCUUGCCGCGAGAAAACCCCAAAAACAUCGACGAAAACACAGACAACGAGACUUGUAUAGGAUCACUUUUUGCCGACGACAAAGAUCAGGAUGAACAAGAUGAUCACCCUGAACGCCUGAUACAAGUAGUUACAGUCGGCCACGACCAGACUUACACAUUGUCACUUCCACCAGACGUUGGAACGCUCUUUGCCCAUUGCGUUUGGAGCGGGUCCUUGUAUUUGUCAGAUUUUUUGGCUCGCUGUGCCAAAGACUUCCUGCUGCAUCAGAAGACGGUCGAGUUAGGCGCGGGUACCGGUCUGCCCUCUCUGGUGGCGCUCGCACACGGUUCGGAUCUGUCUAUUCUCACCGACUACCCCGACGAACUUGUCCUGCAGUCUUUACGAGAAACGGUUGGUUUAAACUGGGAUGCAAUUUGUGAUCGGCGUACGCCAUAUUUUCCUCGUCCCCCUCCAGUGGCCGUGGUUGGACAUGAUUGGGGAACUUCGGUCGACCCGGUCGUCCGGGAAGCGAUGCGCCUUUCGCAUGGCGUUGACAAGUCUAACUUUGAUUUGGCUAUAUUGUCGGAAUGUUUGUGGAUGCAUCGGUCCCACGCAGCGUUGGCCCGGUCCGUGGACCAACUAGUGCACCCAAAACACGGACGCGUAGUUCUGACCUACGCCCAUCACGUUCCCGGCUACGAGGAGGAGGACGAUGCCUUCUUUGAGUUGUGCAGUACACACCAUCGACUAGUAACCGUACAUCAAGAGUUUCGACUUUGUCCCUACAUGUGGGAUGACACGAAAACAAUUACAGUGUAUCUCCGCGUUUUGGCUAGACCAAGCGGCGCACAAGUAGUAACUGGUAGAUGGCAUUUUAUGGAAUGA